UAUAGACCAUCUACCCAAACGGCUUCCAGAGAUGGAUUAUCUUAUUUUCCUCUUGGCUAUUCUUCAUGUAUACAAAGUUCUGUGUGAAGAGAUGUUUUGGGACACAACUGUUAAACUUGCCAAGAAUAUGACUCUAGAAUGUGUGUAUCCUUCAACGGACACCUUAACCCAGAUGGAGUGGUUCAAGGUCAAUGCAAUGGAGAAAGAGUCCCUAGUAAUUUUUAACCCUACUUACGGAGCGAUCAUAAGACAGCCUUAUGCUGAUAGGGUUUACUUUUCAAAUUCAACCGUGACUCCUAAUGAUAUGACCCUGUCCUUUCAUAAUGCCUCUGAAGCUGAUGUUGGCUUCUAUUCCUGCUUUCUUCAUACUUUCCCACAUGGACCUUGGGAAAAGGUGAUACAGGUGGUUCCACCCGAUAGUUUUGAGAUAGAUGCGCCAUCAAAUAGCCACAUACUCUCAGAACCUGGGAAAAAUGUCACACUUACCUGUCAGCUUCAAAUGAAGUGGCCGUUGCAACAAGUUACGUGGGAAAAGAUCCAGCCCCAUCAGAUUGAUCUCUUAACUACCUGCAACUUGUCCCAAGGGAAAAGUUACACUUCAAAGUUCCGAAGACAGAUCCUGAGUAACUGUAGCCAGGGAAUGAGAAGGGCCUCCAUCAUCCUGCCCCACGUCACGGCCUCUGACUCGGGACUUUACCGCUGUCGCUUCAAGGCCAGCACAGGAGAAAAUGAAACCUUCGUGAUGAAAUUGACCAUAACCGAUGGUAAAACUGAUAACCGACAUAUCCUCUUCGUGGCUGGAGGGACAGUUUUAUUGUUGCUGUUUGUUAUCCUGAUUACCACCAUCAUUGUCAUUCUUUAUAAAAGAAGGAGAAGGAGAGAGAAAAGAGUUCUAGUUAAAGAGUCGUGGGACACACAGAAUAAGGCGUCCAACAACUACAGAAGUCCCAUCUUUACCAAUCAACCUUCAGAUGACGCAAGAGAAGAUAUUUAUGUUAACUACCCAACCUUCUCUCGGAGACCAAAGACUAGAGUCUAA